AUGUCAAUGUCCAAAGUAGCAACAACCAAUGUGGCAAGUCCUGUCGGAUCUUCUGAACUCGGAAAGAAGUUCUACCUUGACAAGGAAUUUUCUGAUGUUCAAAUUGUCUUCGAGGUGAACGAUGAAGAAGUUGGACGAGUUCCGGUCCAUAAAAUUCUCCUUGCUGCACACAGUGACGUUUUUCACACAAUGUUCAACGAAUCAUGGAAGGAGAAAAAUGAAGUGAAAAUCGUCGAUGCAGAUGUUGCGGAUUUUAAAGAAUUCCUUCGUUUCUUCUACUUUGGAACGGUGAAUUUGACCAUAGAAAAUGUAGAUGCAAUCAUGAAUCUCAGCAAUAAAUACAAUGUCACCGAGUGCAAGAAUUUAUGCAGAAAAUUCUUGAAGGCAACAAUGACCAGUGAAAAUAUGAUUUUGAGGUAUGAAUUGGCUGUUUUUCUUGAGGAUGAAAGUCUCAAGAAAUUUUGCGAAGCAAUGAUCAGUGUCGAUGCUCGAGAUUUCUUAAAGAGGCCAGGAUUUUUGCAAUGCAGUAAAAAGACAUUGGCGGAACUGAUGGAAAUGAAAGGUUUGAAGUGCUCCGAAGUUGAACUAUUUGAGGCGUGCAUGUCUUGGGUGAAGAAUAAAAGUAAAGAAGAGAACUUAACUAGAGAUAUAGUACAGUCUGAACUCGGUGACUUAUUUUAUAAAAUUCGUUUUGGAUCGAUGACCAUCAGCGAGUUUGCCACUCUCAUUCCGCUGCAUGGAAACACAUUUUCAUUUGUUGAACAAACGGAAAUCAUUCAGAUGAUAGGCGAUAAGGCAUUUCAAUCAAAGUUAUUCAAUGGAACACGAGAGAAACGUUGUGACGUUAACUUUUUUGAAGGCUAUAAAAAUAUUUGGUGCAUUCGACUUGCUUCUCAAACACAUUCCAUAAGCCCCUAUUUUGUAAAAAGUUUAGAAACAACCACAUUCUCCGUCAAUGAAACAGUUUUUUUUAACGGAUUUAGAUCUAGUCGUUUAUGCAGUUAUAGUAAUAACACAUAUAAAAUAUUAACAGAGGUAGUUCCAAGUGAAAUAACAAUUGUUCGGAUUCCAAGUACAUCUGAUCAAUCCAUUAAUGAGGAAGUUGUUUUGUGGAGUGGAAAAACAAAUAUAAGUUCAGAGCAAGUGAACGUGUCUUUACCCCAGCCAAUUCUGAUCAGCCCGAAAUUUAUGUAUGAGAUUAGAAUGAAACAAACUCCACCUGAAAAUUGCUCAUCCAGUUCAUUGUUGAAAACACAAGUUCAAAUAGAUUCCAAUUUCAGCGUACAAUUUCAUCGUGAUACAUUCUUGGAAAAUGAUGUUCAUUGUUCUAGAGGAUUAAUUUGUAGACUAAAUUUCUAUCGUACUUAA